CGUUACUCCUCCCCGUCUUUACCAGUGGUUUUGAAAAUCAGCAGACAUUCUCAACACAUAAAUGAACAGCUAAAAAAAUCCUCACAGGUGAUGGCUGCAGCUUCAGCUGAUUUACUGACCAUUCCGCCAUACAAGAAUGUCUUCUGGAAUAACCAAACUAGCCUAGGCAUAAAUGCCUCAGAAAUCCAAAACAAUGCCAAUUGUUCUAUGGACGACAACUUGCUGUCACUUGCUUUGAUAAUUUUUUACUCUGUUAUUUUUGUCAUUGGAUUGGUUGGAAAUAUUACAGCCCUGUUUGCUUUCCUGUGUGUACAUCAGAAAAGGAAUUCUAUCCAAGUUUACUUGCUAAAUGUAGCCAUUGCGGACCUUCUGCUGAUCUUCUGUCUUCCCUUCCGAAUACUCUAUCAUGCUGCCAAAAACACCUGGAUGUUUGGACUGAUUUUAUGCAAGAUUGUAGGAACCCUAUUUUAUAUGAACAUGUAUAUUAGCAUAGUACUGUUGGGACUAAUUAGUCUAGAUCGUUAUGUAAAAAUAAAUAAGUCUGUGAAGCGUCCUAAAAUGUUAACUACUACACGAAGUAUACAUAUUUGUUGCAUGGUGUGGGCAAUUGCACUAACAGGAUUUAUAGUAGUAGUUGCACCAUCUUUCUUUAAGAAUAAGGACAGCAAUUCCACUAUGUGCUUUCAUUACCGAAAUAAACAGAAUGCAAUGACAGAAGCCAUUUUAAAUUAUAUUAUUGUAAUAAUUUUUUGGAUAGUUUUUUUCCUUUUGAUACUUUCAUAUGUUAAAAUUGCCAAGAACCUUCUGAAAAUUUCUAAGAAAAGAGCAAAUUUUCCCAACACAGGAAAAUACACCCAGACAGCAAGGAAUUCCUUCAUUGUACUCAUUAUCUUCACCAUCUGUUUUGUUCCUUACCACCUGUUCCGGUUUGUCUACAUUACAUCACAGUUACAAAAUCCAUCUUGUUAUUGGAAGGAAAUUAUUCACAAAUGCAACGAGGUGAUGCUCAUAUUUUCAUCUUUUAACAGCUGCUUAGACCCGGUUAUGUAUUUCCUAAUGUCCAGAAGUGUUCGCAAGACUGUAUUCCAACUUAUUUGCAAAAGACUUCAUGGAGAUACAGGACUAACUCUGGAAAGCACUUCAGAAAUAAAACUUGGGCAAUAUGCACAAGAUCGAUUAUCUACUACCACUCCCCACUCAAGUUCUGUAAAGAAGAAGUCUCUGAUUUGAUUGUUUAAGUGAAUGGAUACUGGUUUCUCUCUGUCACUCCAGGACGUCAAUUUAAGAUGUACCAAAGGCAAUACUGUACAGCUACUAAUCCUGCCUCUUUCUUCCUGUUAAAAAAUGAGAAGUCUUACUUCUGUUUGUGAAAAU